AGGUGGAGCCACUGUAGAGAGCGGGAGAGAGAGCGAGUCCACUCCACACUCAUCCAUGGAGAGAGAAAGAGAGGAGAGAGCAGCGGAGGAUUUCACACUCAAAUGUAUUUGACCUUCUUUGUGAAAUCUGGAAAUCUGUGGAGGGUAUCUGGCAGCAAUGAGCUGUUGAAUGUUUGAGACUUGAGGGAUGGACCUGGAGAAAGUGUUAUAGCAGAGCGGUCCUACAUCAGUGGACCUUUCAUUAUUUGGAGUAAUCAUCUGAGGAACUCUGGUUUGGAAUUAAACUCAGCGGGACAUAGGACGUCUGCUUGAUUUGUCAUUGCAAUUCACUGACAGUAUAUGCACUGGUAAAAAAAUACGGUGGGUGUUUUUAUUUAUCUACCUGGACAUCUGUAUGGGAAGAAAUGUGAAAGAGAGGACUCUCAGAUUGGUCAUUGGAAUUCAUUGACUUUCAGUACAGUAACUGCUCUAGCUACCAAAAAAACAGGAGGAACAGAAGGACAUCUCUUUUUGCGUAGAGACCUGGUAGAAAAGGUAUCAGAUAGCCCCAUUUCCCAGGAGGGCUCCCCUCCCUGCCCUCCUAGCCUCCCCUGUCCCCAGCAGCAUGUCCCAGGCUGUGAGGCUGAUUCCAGUCCUCCCCAAACCACUCUACCAUGAGCACAUGGGCUGCUGGAGGGAGUAAGGCUGCCUCUGCCUGGUCCACCUCUGGGUCUUGGUUUAGGUCUGGCUCUGGGUCCAGGUUUAGGUCUGGGUCUGGGCUAAGGUCUGGCUCCAGCUCCAUCUCUGGGUCCUCCUUUUCCAGCCUGUCACUGUCUCUGCUGCUAGCACUGCUGCUCUCCCUUUCUGUCCCUUUGGUUGUCUGUCAUCAACCUCUCUACAAAGGCAGGAGCCAGCCCCACAGCCCCAACAGCACUCUUAGUGCCCCGGUGAACAGUUCCCUGGCUGGGUCCAGGAUUGGAGGAACUGGGCAGACUGGGGAUCCCUUAGGAAGAACAGGGGGUCCACUUGGGAGGCAUGUACGCAGCUACAACCACCUGCAGGGAGAUGUGCGGCGGAGAAAGCUCUUCUCCUUCCAGAAGUUCUUCCUGCGGAUCGAUAAGUAUGGCAGAGUCAACGGGACCAAGAGCAAAGAUGACCCACUCAGUAUUCUGGAGAUCACAUCAGUGGAUGUGGGCGUGGUGGCUAUCAAAGGACUGGGCAGUAACUACUACCUGGCUAUCAGCACCAAGGGAGAGCUGUAUGGAUCGAAAGAGUUUGGCAUUGACUGCACACUGAAGGAACGUAUUGAAGAGAACGGCUAUAACACCUACGCCUCAGCCGAGUGGAGGAACAAGAAGAGACAGAUGUUUGUGGGCCUGAGUGUCCACGGGAGGCCACUGAGAGGGAAGAAAACACGGAGGAGGAAUACGGCCACACACUUCCUCCCCAUCAUGGUGUGAUGACGAUGAGGAGCUUUUUACUGGACUAGACCCUGUCGGAGAGCUAAUUCAGCACUGAACAAUCUUUCAACUAAGGACAAGAAAGGAAUCUGGACAGAGAGCAUCUGAACUCAAAUACAUAUUUUGUCUAAGGAAGUUACUUAACUGCGCAGAUGCUGCCUCCCACUGGGCACGGACGUCAAUUCAACGUCUAUUCCACGUUGGUUCAAUGUGAUUUCAUUGAAAUUACAUGGAGCUACGUUGAUUCAACCAGCUGUGCCCAGUGGGGCUGCUUCUGACUUUGCUUGAGAUGGUUUAUUGUUUUGGGGGAUGGACAGUGUUUUCUGUGGCACAUGGUGAAAUAUAAACUCUAUUCUGUGCCAAAUCAUUGGAAAGAGGUGGACUGAAGGAGGA